AUGGCAAAAACCGAUAAAACCAGGAAACUUAAAACCCCCAAAAAACCCGGAACCACCAGAAAACAGAAACCCCUAAAAAAACCUAAACUCAAGAAACGCAAAACCAAACCCAUCCCUUCUACAACCCGACAAGCCGAAACCGAAACCGAUUCCGAUUCCGACGCAGACGAUCUCUCAACUCUCCUCGAACCCUACACAAAAGACCAAUUAAUCGACCUAAUUACCGAUUUUUCCAUCAAAAACCCCUCUUUGUAUUCUCUAAUUGAGCAACACGCGGACCGCGAUGUCACUCACCGGAAUGUUUUUGUCCAUGGCUUCUCCUGGGACACCACGCGGCAAGACCUCGCAUCUGCCUUCGAACCCUUCGGAGAAAUCGAGGAAUGCAAUGUUGUAACAGAUAAAGCAACAGGUAAAGCAAAAGGGUAUGGUUUUGUUUUGUUUAAGUCGCGAAAAGCCGCAAUUUCUGCAUUGAAAGAAGCGAAAAGAAUGGUUGGUGAUCGGAUGGCUAGUUGUCAAUUGGCUUCUGUGGGAUCCUCUAAUGCGGCGGCGGCGGCAGCGGCCAAAGGUAAGGAACUGGAUGGUGGGGUGAGGAAGAUAUAUGUGAGUAACGUGGGAGUGGGUAUUGAUAAGGAAAAGUUGAGAGAUUUCUUUGAGAAAUUUGGAGAAAUUGAGUAUGGGCCAAUCGGGUUUGACAAGGAGACUGGGAAGUCAAGAGGGUAUGCAUUGUUUGUUUAUAAGACUGUGGAGGGAGCCAAAAAGGUAUUAGAGGAGCCUCAUAAGAUGUUUGAAGGGCAACAAUUGCGCUGUUCAGUUGCGACAGAAGGAAAAAACAAGAGUAAUCAAAAUGUGGCACUGGGAAACCAACAAGUGGGGCAGUACCAGCAGCAGCAGGUGCAUCAACAGUCUCAAGGGCAGGUUUUGGCUGCCGUGGCGGCAGCCCAUAAUUUGGCAUUGUUUGGGCAGCAUCCCGGGCUUAAUCCACUGUACAACGCAUUGUUGGGGAACACGGGUGUUGGUCGAGGCAUGACAAGUCCAGCAAUGGCGGGUGCAAUUGGCCAGAGUGUGGCAACAAGUCAAGUGGGAGGAUUAGGAGUUGGGAGUCAGUCGGCACUGGGCGCUUAUAGGGCUGCCCAAGGGUUGCAGCAUGUUUAUCCUAGUACUACGCAGAUUGGGCAGGCAGGGAUGGGUAGGGGUCAGGGAGCUGGUGGAUCAUUUGCUGGCUAUCCAUCGUAUAUGUGGUAUGGUUUAUUUAAGCUAGAUUUCGAUGAUGCUGGAGUAGGAACUAGGAAGAUUAAUUUCAAGAAAAGCUUCACUUUGGGGUUUUAUGAGGAAAUCCUAGCUCGAGAUAUAAUGCAGGAGGGACCUUGGGCCUGA